UCUUCUCGACACCUCCCUCCUUCCUCUCCCCUAGAUCGCCCUCACCUUCCUCCGGUCUUAGUUGAACGCUAUUCAGUGCUCAGCCCAGAAUGUGGUUGUAUCGGGGCGCUCAGUCGGCCGUUUUCUACUAUGCCACCUGCACACCCUGCGCCGAGUCGUCCUACCGUCGGAAUCGAAUGAAAGAAGCCGCCCGGUCCAAGCGCGAACAAGAGAAAGUCGAUACCAUUGUUACCGACCAACCCAAACCCUUCAGACAACCUACCCCCUUCAGUACAAAUCCAGCAUGGGCCGAGGAGAUCGCUCUAGGCCCCGGUCCGCCUGCGCGCAGAGGAGGUCGAACCCAUCGUCGAAAGGAAUCAUGGAAUACGGAUGCGGUAUCGACGGAGUCACUCCAUGAGUCAGGUAGUACAACUUCCAGAAAAGACAAACUCAAGAACCCAUUGGGCGAACGGUGGAGUCGCAUGCGGUAUCAACGGGAAGACGAGCCGUUAUGGGGUCAAGAUCUGGAAGUGAAGGGCUCUUCCGUGGGGUUGUCUGGUGGAGGGCGCCCGGAUGAGGGCUCUAACAGCAAAUAUUAUAUCGCUCGAGUGCCCCCGGUCAAUGAUCUGCAUCCCCCGAUCGUUAGUGGGCCCAAGAGCCGGGCGGAGACGCGGUGGAUGUUGCAGCCCCCACCUAGUGCCAGGGUUAUGGCCGGCAAGGAGCGCAUCGGUGACUCCGCGUCCAAGAAUAACAACAAGUCGCCCGAUGUGCAAACAGAUCAAAAGCAACCGGUUGCGACCGCACCAGCGCAGCCCUCGAUCAAAACACAACCGAUCGAGAGGAGUGCUUCCCGAGCUAGAACGUCAGUGAUGGCACCCGAUGGAUGGUACGAUCCGAGAGCCGACGGGUUGGAGGAAGAUGGUGACGACGAGUCACCUCAGCAUGGACGUGACGAGGCUCGCUGGGUCAUCACGCCCUCGCUACACUCUCGCUUCGAAUCGUGCUCAUCGCUUUCGUCCGAUGCGGACUCGGAGGCCGAGUCCCCACGAGUGUCUUUGCAAUCGCCGCAAACGCCGACCUCGCGGCCCGGUUCCAAGGCGACUCAAGAUAGCGGUAAACACUUCCCAACGAUCGCCAAGACCAUGUCCACUUUGCACCCGCAGCACCAUGAGAGCAAUAACAAAGUUGAGAUGCUGCAUCUGGAAAUCAACGACUCGCCUGACGAUAUCGCCUUAGGCCAGCUUGAGCGCCUACGGCCUUGGCGUUGGAGUAUGGACAUUUGAUUUCUCCUCUGUCUCCAAUGCAAGCCGAUUUGGGCAAUAGUCCACGAAUCAUUCAACCCAUCACUUUGUCCUUUGUCAUGGAAGCCUGUUUUGCGAUGUUCGAUUUUUUUUUCUCU